UUAUAUCAGCACCAUGAGUCGUCGACAGACUCCCAAUGAAUUUUUGCAACAGAUCAUAGGACGACCAGUUGUGGUCAAGCUAAAUUCAGGUGUUGAUUAUCGAG